UAAGCUUGACAGUGAGGGGAAGACGUUCGCUAAUAAACAAUGAGAAGGUUUAGCAAUAUACACUGCGUUUCUGUGUCGUGCACAGCUUCUACAAGGUUUUGACUUGCCAGCAGCUCAACUACAUGCAACAACCUCUUACUUCAUUAGUUUACAAGACUGUCUGUGCAGGCCGACAACCUUUUAGAGGACUUCUCAGAUGUCAGCAGACAUCAAAGGCGUGCAGAGCUCUCCUUGUCUCUUCAUGCUUUGAACAGCUACCCACACAUACAUUAAAGUUUUCAGGGCAAGUCUGUCAUUUUCCAUCAGUGGCCAAAAAACACAGUCUUCUCCAAAGCAAUCCUCUCUGGCUUUUCCUGCACCAGAGUUCCUCCAGCCAGCCAGAUAUGUCAGACCAGAGGUUCCUGGUGGAAUAUGCCAAACGUGGCACUGCGGGAUGUAAAAAAUGCAAGGACAAAAUCCAGAAGGGUAUAGUGCGCAUAGGGAAGAUAGUCCCAAAUCCUUUCAGUGAGUCUGCAGGGGAGAUGAAGGAGUGGUACCAUGUGAAGUGCAUGUUUGAGAAGCUGGAAAGGGCAAGAGCCACCACAAAGAAGAUAGAGGACAUCACAGAUCUGGAGGGCUGGGAGGAGCUACAGGAUGAGGACAAGGAGCUCAUUAAUAAACACGUUUCAGAUCUGAUGGCCAAAGUUAAUGCAAGUCCCAAAAAGAAGGUCCAGGCUAAGGCGAACAGCUCUGGUCAGCUCAUGGCUGCUCCUGCCGACCCGUCUGUCAACGCUCCGCGCAAGUUUUCCGGCUUCACUGCUGCGAAGGCCGGCAGCUCCAGCAGCCCUGGACCGUCCUCAUCACCAGCCAAAGCCAGCCAAGGCAGCAAUCUGUCCACUCAGCUCUGUGACCCUCAGCACAAGGACUGCCUCCUCAGAGAGUUCCGUAAGCUCUGCGCCAUGGUGGCUGAAAACAACAGCUACAACACCAAGACGCAGAUUAUUGAGAAGUUUCUGAAGAAAGGCACGGGUGGAGAUAAGUUCCAUGGAGAUCUUUACCUGACGGUGAAACUGCUCCUGCCGGGCGUUGUAAAAAGUGUUUAUAACCUCAACGACAAGCAGAUUGUAAAACUCUUCAGCCGCAUAUUCAGAUGCAACCAAGACAACAUGGUGCGCGAUCUGGAGCAGGGUGAUGUGUCUGAAACUGUGAGGAUGUUCUUUGAGGAGAGUAAAUCUUUUCCUCCUGCUGCGAAGAGCAACCUUACCAUCCAGGAAGUAGAUGCAUCGUUGACCCGCCUCGCUCAGCUGACGAAGGAGGACGAGCAGCAGAGCGAGCUGGAGGAUGUAGCCAAAAAAUGCACCAGUAAUGACCUGAAAUGUGUCAUCAGGCUAAUUAAGCAUGAUUUAAAGAUGAACGCCGGCGCCAAACAUGUUUUGGAUGCAGUAGAUCCAAACGCUUAUGAUGCCUUCAAGGCCUCACGUAAUCUGGGCGAUGUGAUUGAGAGGGUGCUGAGAAAUCAGCAGGAGGCGUCCAACGGUUCGGGACCCAGAAAGCUUCUCGCUGUGGAGGCCUCACUCAUGACUCCCGUCCAGCCCAUGUUGGCCGAGGCGUGUAAAUCUGUCGAGUACGCCAUGAAGAAAUGUCCCAACGGGAUGUACUCCGAGAUCAAGUAUGACGGGGAGCGUGUGCAGGUCCACAAGAGCGGAGACACCUUCAGCUACUUCAGCCGCAGCCUCAAACCAGUGCUGCCACACAAAGUGGCUCAUUUUAAAGAAUACAUCCCUCAGGCCUUUCCUGGUGGUCAAAGUAUGAUCCUGGAUGCUGAAGUCCUGCUUAUUGACACAAAGACCAGUAAACCUUUGCCCUUUGGGACGUUGGGUAUACACAAGAAAGCAGCCUUUCAAGAUGCCAACGUGUGCCUUUUUGUUUUUGACUGCAUCUACUUCAAUGGUGUGAGUCUCAUGGAAAGGCCUCUGUGUGAGCGUAGAAAGUUUCUGCAUGACAACAUGGUUGAAGUCCCCAACAGGAUCCUCUUCUCAGAGAUGAAGCACGUCACUAGGGCAGCAGAUCUGGCUGACAUGAUAACUCGUGUCAUCAGAGAGGGACUUGAAGGCCUGGUGCUGAAAGAUAUAAAGAGCACCUACGAGCCAGGGAAGCGCCACUGGCUGAAAGUAAAGAAGGACUACUUGAAUGAAGGUGCGAUGGCAGACACAGCAGACCUGGUGGUGCUGGGGGCCUUCUACGGGAAAGGCUCCAACGGGGGCAUCAUGUCCAGUUUCCUCAUGGGCUGUUAUGACCCAGACUCCAAGAAAUGGUGCACAGUCACCAAGUGCUCUGGAGGCUAUGAUGACGCCAUGUUGGCCAGGCUCCAGAAAGAGCUGGAUGUGAUCAAAAUCAGCAAGGAUCCAGGCAAAAUUCCCGGCUGGUUGAAAAUUAUCAAGAACUAUUAUCCAGAUUUCAUAAUCCGUGAUCCUGAGCAAGCACCUGUCUGGGAGAUCACAGGCGCAGAGUUCUCCAAAUCAGAAAUGCACACCGCUGACGGCAUCUCUAUCCGCUUUCCCCGCAUGACACGAAUCCGUGAUGACAAGGACUGGAGGAGCGCCACCAACCUGCCUCAGCUUAGAGAGCUGUUCCGCAUAUCCAAGGAGACCAGUGACUUUAAAGUGACAGCCGGUCCUUCAACAUCCAGCGACGAUAAGGGAUCAUCGGGAGGGGACAGCGGGGGGAACUCUCCAUCGUCCUCGUCAAACAGAAGUGCUCCACCUAAAAGGACCAACAGCAGCACGCCAUCCAAGCCGAAGGCAGUUAAAUCUGAGCCUCGCAUUCCCGGCUCAGCGGCACCCAGCGCAAAGAAGGCAAAGAAGAGCGAAAGUGUCCAUAGCAACGGACAAACCAAACCAAAAACCUCUCAGCUGCUGGAGCCAAGAAAUGACAAGACGCUGCUGGACAUCUUCAGCGGGGUGAAGCUGUUCCUGCCCGCCUCCGUGCAGGACUUCAACAAACUCAGGAGGUAUUUCCUGGCUUAUGACGGAGACCUUGUACCGGAUUACGCUGCCUCCUCAGCAACACAUACGCUGGCUGAACCCGAGGAGGACAGCCAGGCUCAGAGAGUCUCACCCAGCUGGAUCUGGGAAUGCAUCCGCAAGAGGCGUGUCGUACCUCCCUGUUGAUGAAGAGAAAACACACAUGUAGUUUUUCCGACUAUAAAUCAACACUCAUCAGAGGAACUUGGUUUAAAAUACAGCAAAUGCUCUAAUCACUGCUCUCAGGUUGUUUUUAUUUAUGGGGCUUCUACUCUAUGCCUGAAGACUUUAUUUCUUCGUUCUGUUUGGGUCUGUGGAAAAUUGUGAAAACUGAUAAGUUUUGAUGAAAUGAGGUCUUCUCUGUAGAUUUAGAACUUUUUAGAAACAUAGUUAAAGCCACUAAACACGAGUAAAUCUUGAACAGCAUCGAACAUGUGAAUCAGACAUUUGCAGCCAAACUAAUAAAAAGCUCUGCAAUGAUCAUGUGAAACUACUUUUACAGGAAAGGUUGUCAACUGGAAAUGAACUUUUCUGCCUUUAGGAAUAAAAGUGCUGAUAAGUUU